AGAUUGAGAGUUUGACCCCAGCAGUCCUUCACAGGUCCCUGCAGAGACAGCAGCUAGGAACCAAGGAUACGAGCAGACUCGUGAGGAUGGCCCUGCUCCUCCCAUCCUGCAUCAUUUUAUGGUUCUACAGCAGCGUGGCCACCAUACACGCUCUGCCUCCUACUGAGCCCCCGCUGAUCCACAAUCGUCCUUUCGUGGUCAUAUGGAAUGCUCCAACCAAUCGGUGCCAUCAACUUGAAAUUCCACUCGACAUGGCAGCGUUCCAAGCAGUGACCACACCUGCUGCCAAGCCCCAUCAGUUUCUUACCGUCUUCUAUGAGAACCGUUUUGGCCUGUACCCAAGAGUCAACCUGCUCAAACGCAAGCAGUACAAAGGCGGCAUUCCCCAAGAAGGCAACCUAACAGAACACCUGGCAAAGGUCAAACGAGAAAUUGACCACUUCAUCUCUCAAGAUUCUGCUCCUGGUCUUGCUGUCAUUGACUGGGAGGCCUGGCGUCCUCUAUGGAACCAGAAUUGGGGUUCAAAACACAUCUAUCAGAAACUUUCUGUUGUUCAUACUCUCAAAACAGCCCCAUUCAUACAGUCAAGGCAAGUAGCCCAACUGGCCAAGAGCCAGUUCCAGAAGGCUGGUCGGCAGUUUAUGGAGAAGACCAUCAGCCUGGGAAAAAGUGAGCGGCCGAGCCGUCGCUGGGGCUUUUACCUCUUCCCCGACUGCCACAACUACAAAUGGGAGAAGCCCGGUUACACGGGGAAAUGUUCCAACAAAACCGAAGAACAAAACAACCAGAUGCUGUGGCUGUGGGAGCGCAGUACUGCGUUCUUCCCCUCCGUCUACCUGCAGGUGACCAUGAGGAACUCCCCCAAAGCGGCCCUCUACGUUCGCAACCGUGUCCAGGAGGCGCUCAGGGUGGCAGCGCUGCCAAAACACCCUUACACCAUGCCAGUCUACGUCUACUCCAGGCCGCUGUACCGCCACCAAACCCAGACGUUCCUGAGCCAGAUGGACCUGGUGAGCACCAUGGGAGAGUCUGUGGCUCUGGGGGCAUCAGGGGUCAUCCUGUGGGGGAGCUCCGGGGACUACAGCAACAAGGCCAACUGUCAGUCACUGUCUGACUAUCUGACCACCAUCUUGAACCCAUAUGUCGCCAAUGUGACUGCAGCAGCUGUUCUCUGCAGCCAGGUGCUGUGCCAGGGGAGAGGCCGCUGUGCUAGAAAGAACUAUGACUCCACCCACUACCUGCACCUGAACCCCGCCCAUUUCAGUAUCUUGCGUGUGGAACAGAAGUACGUGGCCGUCGGUUUUCCGUCCAACGAUGACCUCAGCACCUGGGCCCAAAACUUCACGUGUCAGUGCUACGCCGGACAGAGCUGUUCACCCUUUCUGUCGCAUCCUGCCAACAUCACACACAUCUGGGUGUAGCAACAGCACCUCCUGCUGGUCCACAGCCUCAUUUAAUGAUCAAACCGAAUCAGUUUUUAACCUUGGCAAAUUCCUGCUUCAUCUGAAGAAAACCAACUUUUA